UUCGAAUUACUGUAUACAGCCGUUAAGAAAUGAAUAUUCAUUUAAAAUGAUAAUUCAAAAAUGCUAACGCUCUCCAAGCUGUUUUGUUAUAUGGGCAAAUGACUCGUUUCGUAUCAAUCCGCAGCGGGGUCUUUUCUUGUACCUGGCUAGCCAAGUUAGCUUGUUUUUUUGGCAGUGAUCCCCUUGCUAAAUAUGGCGCGUCACAUUUGGCCUCACCGUACCAGCACGAGAAACACUUUUAAGUUAACAGUUAGCUACCUUAGUAACGUUAGCUGUAACCCGACCGGACGCUUGCUCUCUUGGUUAACCCUAGAUUGAGUCCCCGAGCUAACGCCAAUGUGGCGUUAACGUUCCAGACUAGCUAAAAAUUGUGGAAAAACCAGGCUUUCUACCGCCGAGCUGCUUUGUCUGCGAAUAACAUUAUAACGUUAUUGUAGUUAGAGGAUAGUUGGUUAAUGUUAGCCCGAAGGCUUUCUUAAACUUUUAUCUCUCCUUGCCGCCACAAACGGUGGGCAGCUAGCACGGGGCUAAUAGCUAACUUCAUCGUGGUGGGUGUGUUAUGGCAGUUGCACGAUAACGUUAUCAUAAGCUCACUAUUAUUAAAACAAUACACCACUGUGUCGGUUUAUCAAUGUCCUCUUGUUUUAAGAGUGGGCUGAACAGAAAUCCUGAUUCAUGAGUUCGAGAUUUAUCAAAAUAAAUAAGUAAACGCAGUCCUUUCAUACAACGUUCACGUAGUCCUGUUUUUUUCUCUCCCUAGAAGUGCCCCUACAUUCCCAUGUUUUGCCCAGACGUUGGCCACCUGUCCGUGCUCUCUAUAAUGCCCCAGUGUUUGCAGCAUCUGCAGUGAACGUGAUGGCAGCCCAGUCGGUUUCCAUAGACAAGUACCCAAAGGGAGAGCAGCAGAUGCAAGGUGUGGUAAAAGUAGACAUCGAUUCCGAGCAGAAGUUUAUUGAGGGGACGUUGGCAGAGGCGUCCAGCCCGGCACCCACAGAGCCACAGACACCCAUGGACGCGGACAAAGCCUCCAUAUAUCGGCAUCCCCUGUUCCCUCUCUUGGCCCUGCUGUUUGAAAAGUGUGAGCAGUCCACGCUGAGCUCUGAUUGCAUCACCUCAGCCAGCUUCGAUGUGGACAUUGAGAACUUUGUCCGCAAUCAAGAGAAGGAGGGCAAACCCUUCUUCAGUGAGGACCCUGAACUUGACAACCUGAUGGUGAAAGCCAUCCAGGUGUUGCGGAUCCACCUGCUGGAACUGGAGAAGGUGAGUGACCUUUGUAAGGACUUCUGCAGCCGCUACAUCGCUUGCCUUAAGACCAAGAUGAACAGCGAGACUCUGCUGAGUGGAGAGCCGGGCAGCCCGUACUCCCCCGUUCAAGGCCAGGUCCAGGGCUUCUCACCCACAAAGACUCCGCAGACCCCCAGCUCUAUCUCUGGCACCAUCAGUCCCCAGGGUCAAAUUGUGGUGCCAGCGUCAGCCCUGCAGCAAGGGAAUGUUACCGUGACAGCCGUCAACCCCACCCAGGUGGUCGCAGGUAUGUCACCAUGGCAUACAACCCCUUCUUCAGGAGGCACAGUGUUCCAGCCUGUUACAGUCGUCACUCCUCAGGGCCAAGUGGUAACACAGGCUCUGUCUCCCGGGACAAUACGCGUCCAAAACAAUCAGCUCCAGCUGCAGUUUCACCAGGACUUGAACCUCUUCAAUCACGACGACAACUCAACUAAGAACAAACGUGGUGUUCUACCCAAGCACGCCACCAAUGUCAUGCGUUCAUGGCUCUUCCAGCACAUCGGGCACCCAUAUCCAACAGAGGAUGAAAAGAAACAGAUUGCCACUCAGACAAACCUGACACUUCUGCAGGUCAACAACUGGUUUAUAAAUGCACGGAGGCGGAUCCUGCAGCCCAUGUUGGACGCUAGCUCCUCCGAGACACCAAAAGCCAAGAAGAAGACACCUCAGAACCGGCCACUGCAGCGCUUCUGGCCUGACUCCAUCGCUGGAGGGGGAGGCGGCCAGCAGCAAGUUACCAUGCCAGAUGGUACGAUGGUGACCAUGAACAUGGAGGGUCUGCAGAGCCUGACGUCAGACGGCGCCACACUGGCGGUACAGCAGGUGAUGUUGGGAGGCCACAGUGAAGAUGAAUCGGGGGACAGCGGAGAUGAGGACGAUGACGCAGACAUGGCUGGGCUGGGCCUGGACAACAGCGACUCAUUGCAGUAGAGGACACACUCCCUCACACUCUGAUCUACACAUACACACGAGACGUGUAAAUAGGUCUGCAGAUGGAAUGUGUGUUGUCCAACACACACUGAAUCACAGUACAAACACACACACACACACACACACACACACACACACACACACACACACGUAUUAGGUUUACAUAGAGCACAAAACUACAGGACACAACCGUCCUGCACUCUUCCAACCCUCCACCCUGCUGAACGGCAGUUUAUGCUGCGUGUGUGUACAUCAGGAGUUUCAUUUCAGAAACCGUUUUUUAAUGAUUUAGUUCAUGUAUGCGAGUGCACUUUUUUUUGUAUAUUUAAGCUCAAAAAGAUUAAAUCAAACAAACAGAAGAAGAAAAGAAGUGUUGAAAACACUCAAAGCAAGUUUGUAUGCUCCGUUAAAAAGAUGUUGACUGAUUUGUUAAUUUUUUUUUCGGCCUCUGUUCCCCGUCCCCAGUUGAAUUUUCAUUUUGGAUGCCAACAGUUUUAAAGUUGUAUCUGUAAGGGUUUGUCUUCACUUUUUGCAUGCUUGUAUUUUGAGUAGAUGUGCGCACUCUUGCGACUGACUCCACGGCUCUCACACGGGCCCCUGCAGGCCGAGCAGAGCACAAGUGGAGAGAUUGGAGAAAAAAAAAAAAGGAGAGAUGCUUAUUUUUAUAUACAAACAUACGAAAUUAGUGUUUUUUGUUUCAUUUUUGUGUUCUCCUGUUUUGUAAGGAAUAUUUAUGUACAGAUUCAUAAUUAAAGCUAGCGACCCUGUUUUCCGGGGUUCUUUGAAGUUUUCUAAAAAACAGAAAAAGGAAUUGAAUGCUGAUGAAAACUGCUAUUUAAAUUGGUUUUAAACUUACAAUACUAACAAGGCCUUACCUGUGUUCUUUUCUCAAGAAUUCUUGCUAAGAAGCACAAAGAAAGUCUGACCGUUGGUGAAAUGGGUCAAAGUGACACUAAACUGCAGAACACUUGUGUGCUUCUAUAAAGCAUCAUUAUAAUUUUACGGUGUACUGCAACUUCCCAGUUAUCUGGGGUCUCAUUUAUAACUAUAGCGUAUGCACAAAACGAGCCCUGAAAGAGGCGUACGCCUCUGAAAAAACAAACUGGAUGAGAGAACGUGUGCACCUGUAGGGAUAGUGACCCAUGCUUGUGGACAUUUUGGAGACAGGAAAUUGGCGAUGCAGAUGGUGAGGUUAUGAACUGAAGCCAGACUGAAGAAACUAAAUGUGGGAUGAAUCAUAAUAUGUAUGGUGAUGUUUGUCUCACAUUAAUUAAAUUUUACUAUUAAGCAGCAUUCAGCUGCUGAAUUGUGAAUAUCAAACUUUUUUUAAAAAAUCGCAGAACAGAAUGUCAGCAGCGUUGAAUAUCUCCUAAUACUGUUCAUAUACCAGCGAAAAGGACUCAAGUUUUCAUGUAGUUUUUGUGUGUAAAAUGGCUGCAGUGAGCACGACUGUACACACACACACAGAGCUCACAGGGGGCACCGUGGUGGCUGCCUCACACACUCUGCCUUUUGCCAGUCAGCUUGCAUACAUCCUCACCACCUGAACAUAUGGACUGUCUGGAAAAAGAGCCAGUGAUAGCUCUUGCACAGUGAUUACACUCCAUAUCUUCAUUAUGAGUCCUAAUCAUGAUAACCAAGAUCAACAUUAACACUGAAAUAAACAGUGUUCACCUAUCAAACUUUCAUUUUCAGAUGGUAUCCCAGGGCCAGGGAAAGCACUGAUUGUUGCCAUCAUUUAGGCAAGAUGUGAAGCAAUCAGUCUGAUGCCGUAAUCAUAUAAUCACUGCGGUUACACCGUAAAGAUGCAUUGAUCAGCAGGCUCAUUUCUUUCCAUCAACAUUUAUGAGGUGCAACAUUUCUGAAUGUGGCUGUGUGGAGGGAAAUGAGGAUAUGAGACUGCUCCACCUGCAGACAAUUCCAUGUUGAUUUGGGAUAUAUAAAAGGAAAUUGCAGACUUGAAGGCGUACGCACUAUUUUAUAUAUUAGAAUAUUUUUAAUGCAAGUUAUUUUGGGCUUCUGUGUGCACAUAGACUUUGAGUAUGAAUCCUACGCACUGGUUUAUAAAUGAGACCCCUGGAGAGUUGUCCUUCACAGUAACUUGACUGCAGUGCUCAGAUGUUUUUAAAGACAGCUCCAGUUUUACCCUCAUUGUGUAUACCAUACAUUACAUCUUUUAAUCAUUUUACAGUAGUAGCGUACUUUCUUAAAUGCACAAUCCAGAACACUAUGCUAAUCACACAAUCACAAGGGUCUGAGUCACCACAGACACAUGAACGCCAUCAUCAACAAGAAGCAGUGGACUUUUUGCACGCAUUAAACUUUUAUUUAUGUACACGUACAUGCUACUGCGGUGGAAACAAAGAGCGGUGGAAAGUUGGGCUCCUUGUUCAUUGCCUGCCUGAAGGACUGGGACUAAGUGCUGCAGCCUCUGGUGGUCCCCCUGCCACUACACACACGUAGUGAAAGAUUUGAUCUUUUUAUCAAUAUAUUGAUAUUACUUCACAAAUUGGGGUGCCUCUUGUUUGAGUAUAUCUAAAACUGUACUGUACAACCAUUUUCUGUCAAUAGUUGCAGUAAUCUGGAUCAUAUCCCUCUUGUAAAGUUGAGACUUGAAAUGGUUAAUCUAAUGCAGCCUGAGGGUGUAGUGACUGUGGGUGGGCCCUCGCUGAGCUCUCGGUUCCUCACUUGCGUCUGUCUUGCUUUUUAUGAAGCGUUGUUCACUUUUCUCUUGUCUGUUUUGCCUUAGAGCUUUCUAUUUUGGAAUAAACAAUGCCUAACUCUC